UGCAGAGUAAAACCCCAAGGCUUGUUGCUCGCAAUUAUCAUGGUGACGAACAGUAAAUGGGCGAAAUACAGGAAUCACAUCAGUGCAGGCAUUCGUAGUGACACCUUUGUCUGAAUUCGGAAAUAUCCGAACCAAUUCAAUUGUGACUCAACGACGAGGACGUCCUCAAGCCAACUUAGAGACUCAGGGUUGUAUCUGGAUCGACUCUAAUCUCUGUUCCAAGUCUCUUAGCACAUUAUGACUACCAAGCGAAGAAAUGGGGGGCGGAACAAGCAUAACCGUGGCCAUACCAAGUUUAUCCGUUGCUCGAACUGUGCCCGAUGCGUGCCAAAAGACAAGGCGAUUAAGCGAUUCACCGUGAGGAAUAUGGUCGAGUCUGCUGCGAUUUCGGAUAUCAGCGCUGCCUCUGUCUACCAAGAAUACGCUGUUCCUAAACUGUACCUCAAAAUUGCGUACUGCGUUUCGUGUGCUAUUCACUCACAUAUCGUGCGUGUCCGCUCCCGGGAGGGUCGCCGUAACCGUGCCCCUCCACCGCGUGUUCGGUGGAAGGAUGGGAAGAAGAUCAAUGUUGCCGUCACAGCGGCUGAAGAUGCUAAGGGUGCUGCAUGAUGGUCGUUUCUGAUAUAGGAGAAAAAAAAA